CAUCAUCGUUGUCUCCGACUGCAAUCGAUAUUCCUGCUACUUAAUACAUUACACCCCACACUCACUCUCAUAGAUAGCGGUAACAUACUUCGCGACGCCACAAAGUUAGCAACGCCAGCUCGAGCCACCUAGCAGGAAAUCUCCCUUCAAAACUUCUCCCAACACCGAUAUACUAGACAUGUCUGACGAGCGACCCGAGAUGGAUGCUGUGGACGCCGAGUUUGGGGACGAGGAAGAUCGGGAGAUCGCCGAGCUCAAGCGUCAAUUAGCUUCGACGGAUUCGGAACUUCAACAGUCCAAGGAGCUCCAAAAGACUCUGGAAGGUGCUGCUUCGGGCACAGGAGCCGUAGACGGCGCUGAAACUAGCUCCCCAGCAAGCGGAGCUCCUGCAGCAGAGGGAGAUGACGCCGAGGCAAGGGAGGAAGUAGACGGACGUUCAGUAUAUGUUGGGAACGUCGACUAUUUGGCAACGCCGGAGGAGAUCCAACAACACUUCCAGGCAUGUGGCGCUAUCAACAGGAUCACCAUCCUCUGUGACAAGUUUACCGGUCACCCUAAGGGCUACGCCUACGUCGAAUUCGCCGAGUCGUCUUCAGUGACAAACGCAAUGGUACUAAACGAGUCUCUUUUCCGAGGCAGACAACUUUCCGUAACCGCUAAGCGAACAAACCGACCAGCUUGGCAACGAGGUGGACGAGGCCGCGGGCGAGGGGGAUACCGCGGGGGAUAUCAAGGUCGGGGAGGUUAUGCACCUUAUCGAGCUCGUGGACGGGGCCGAGGGCGUGGUUUCUGAACGCAUAAUAACAGUCAAUAAGAAUGAAUUCGCUCGGUAUUUGUAAUAUAUCGUCUUGGCAUCAUCUCUACUGUCUCGUAUGGCACAUCCGUCUUGUCCAUGUCAAAUCUCACUCCAAAUGACUGUCCCCAUGACGACUCGGGUGCUACCGUAGCGGCAGUCCAGUGUCUUGGCCCCCUGAGGUUUCACGGGAAGCGGGGGUAGUAGCGGGCCAAGAUUGGUGGGUCGUGGUUCGAUGGCAGGUCCUUCCGCACAGGGGUUCUCGUCGAUAUCGGGGAUGGGGAUGCCGUUCAUUUCUUGGGGAUGUGAUAUAUAUAUAUAGAUCAAAGAGCGUG